AAAACCAUCAAUCGCUCGCAUGCAAAAAUGUGUCGAUAGAAUAUACUGUCAGACUGCGUGCCACAACGCAAAUAUUUAGCCCCGCCAAAUUGCAGGUCUAAGGUAAAUAAGGUAUAAAUUAUAGUGCCUUACUGUAGCUGUCAAUAACUGUGUGAAUAGCCGCAGAGGGAUGUUAUAGUCUGGUAAUCAGGCGACGUAGGAGUAUUAUCGAAUGGAACAUACACUCUGUCCUUUCUGAUAACUGUCCAGAAUGAAGUAAAUUGAAACCAAGGCCGUAAAAAGUCCCGGGCGUGUGAUAAUGGACCUGGACGGGCGGGUUCGCUCCCAGCACCGUAGAGAUAACAAGGAGCUCCUGGUGGUAUGGUUGCCAGACUGCGGUGUCGCAUAUUUGAUUACGUGCGAACCUAUAGACUUGUGUUCAUUGAAGAGUUUUAUGUUACACAGCGUGUUUGUGUGUAGUUCCUACCUUUGUUUACACCAAGGUGAACGCAGAACGAUCAACUAGGACGGCGAGUUCUUACAAAGCAGCAGCAAAGUAAGAGGAAAUCUUCCAAACAUCGUCUUCUGUAACCAUACGGCGUACAUCCACAAUGGCGGACAUGUGUAGUGUUCACGACCACGAACAGCUGAAGUUCUUCUGCACGAUGUGUGACAUGUCUGUGUGCUCGGAGUGUCUGCUGGACCGCCACAACGGGCACAACAUGGUCCGUCUGACAGACGCCUUGUUAGAGGGACGAAACGUGGAAGAAAAGGGGAGGAAAGUAGCAGAGUCGAUGGCCAGAAAUCUAGAAACCCUGAAUCAAAGGGGAGACGAUCUGGAACGGCAAAGAGUCGACGUAGAGAACCAGAUACAAACAGCGGCAGCAAGGCUGGUUGAUGACAUCGAGAGAGAGAAAGUUGCCCUGAUAAACGAAGUGCGAGAGAUUUACAAUGAAGAAACAAGAAGGAUGGGCGAGUGCGGUAAGGAACUGGAGUCAAGACUGUCCAGUGUAAUAGCUGGCCUUGACCAGCUACAAAUUAGAGGUCAAGGUGAAACAUCAUCCCCAGCGUUGAGCAAGCUGUCACAGGUAAUAAACGAAGUGGAAGAACCAACACUGCCACCGCCAACCGUCAUGGCGUUCGAGCCGACGAAGUACGAUAAAGUAAACCAUCUUCUUGGUAAAAUAUCAACUAGGAAGAAAGUUCCGGUUGACGAGAAGCCUACAAAGACAGCCGCGUCCCCAAGACAGUUUCCCCGAACGUCACCCAGAGCAGUGCCAUCAGUUUUGUCAGGAAGCAAGGGUACAACUACAAAGGAACCAAAAUCUUCAAGGUCACAGGUAGCACCAAAGAACACCGCAACCAUAGGGAGCGGACAUCUGCACAGUCCCUUGAAAGUCGCCUAUUCUAGCGACGGCACAAUCUUCGUUCUCGACAGAGAUGGUGGCGGCAGCGUUAAAGUCUUUAACAUAGACGGCUCAGUCAUCAAACGUUUCCCUUUAAAGUUGGCUGACAGCAAGAACUACGAAGUCGGGGAAGGAGGCCUGUUUGUGAACUGUAGAGGGCAGGUAGUCUUUGUAGGAUUUGCGCGCCCCCUAGCGGGUUCGUUGGGAGACUACAUCGACCUGAUGUGCCGUUACCAGAGGGACGGAAAGCUGCUACACCGUGUAGAGCUGCAGCUCAGCUCCAAGCAAGCGUGGGAUGCAGUGGAGAUCUCUGAUGGAAAAAUUGCCGUGGCUCUUGACUGGAUGGUCAGCAUCAUUGAUGAGACAGGCCAAGAGUUAUCGUCCUUCUCCACAAGCGUGCCUGAUUUCUGCUGUCUGGCGACACCAAGCUUUCAACAGAACUGGUCAUUUCCCGGUUUCCCGACCACUUUGUGGAGGGUGUACUCUCUGGAUGGUCGUGUUUGCUUCCAAAUUGGAGCUGAGGGUUCUGGUGAAGGAGAGUUUAUGGGGCCACUGGGCGUCUGUGUCAACAAAAAUGGCCAGAUCCUCGUAGCUGAUUGGAGCAACAGGCGCGUGCAGAUGUUUGACCAGAAAGGACGAUGGCUGAAGCACGUGGCUACCUCCCGCGAGGGGCUAGAAGAGCCGAGAGCUACAGUACAGACGCCAGAUGGCAGGGUGCUCGUCAGUGACACCAAGAAAAACUGUGUCUUUGUCUUCACCUUUUGAUUCUGCUUAAUGUUGUAUUUGUUUUCAUUUUUUGAUUGAGCUUAAUGCUAUGUUAGCAUAUGUUGUAAAUAGGUCAAAUACUCAAUAUCCAAUCUUUCCAAUCAUGAUGUGUCUAUAGGCUGGUUCAUGGAUUAAGCUGCACAUGUGCUAGGUCAAAGGUCAAGAAGGCGCCUAACUUCUAAACAGCUCUUCUAUAGACCAUG